CUGCGCACACCACGGCCACACUGCGCGGCUGAGCAUUUUGCAUUUUUUGAUUUUAGGCCAAGCAGCUCACAAUGCAAGCGAUGUGGCGGGGAAUGCCGGCGCUGGUCGUCCUGCUCCUCGCAGGCCUGCUGCCGGGCCAGCGGGACGCGGAGGCCUACGACAAGGAGAUGACCGUCUAUGUGGACGCCGGCAAAACGGAGUGCCUGUACCACUCGGUGCGCCAGGGCGAGACCAUUGACUUCGAGUACCAGGUGAUCGACGGCGGGCACGGCGACCUGGACAUCAGCUUCACCCUGCUGGACCCCAUCGGGCUGGUGAUAGUCAGCGACUUCAAGAAGCCGGAGAACGUCCAUCGCCACGAGGUGGCCAAGGAGGGCGACUACCGGUUCUGCUUCGACAACAGCUUCAGCAUGUUCAACCGCAAGACGGUGUUCUUCGAGCUGAUCGUGGAGCGCGAGGGCGAGGAGCUGCAGGGCGACGCGCAGUGGAACGAGGUGGACGAGCUGACCGGGCUGUCCCGCGACGAGUACUACGACAUGAAGGUGCAGGACAUCAUGGACUUCAUCGGACGCAUCCGCCUGCAGCUGAACAAGGCCCGCCAGCUGCAGGAUGUCCUGCGCUCGCACGAGGCACGGGACCGCAACCUGGCCGAGUCCAACUUCCAGAAGGUCAACCAGUGGUCCAUGCUGCAGAUCAGCGCCAUGAUCGGCGUGGGCCUCGUCCAGGUCUUCAUGCUGCGCAGCAUCUUCGCCACCGGCGGACGCAUGCACGAUCUGUGGCGCAAACUGGGCAUUUGAUGGGUCGCCGCCGUAUCUCGAGGAGAAGCCUCUACCAAAGAUGUGCGUGCCGGAGCAGCGAGGAUGCAUUUAGUGAAUGCCAGCCGGCACCUGGAGCCCCUAGUUAGAUUGUAAUUUAGAACACAAAACUUGCCAUCAUCAUCUGUAGUGCGUUAGUUUCUCUUUGCCCGUUUUUACCAUCAUGUAUUAUGUAGCCGUGUAUUUAUAGAUAUGCGGGUGUGUGCUUGUGAUAUACCCGGUGUGUUGUGUGUGCUCGCGUGUGUGAGGCGUUGUUAGACGAAGCAUUUGUAUCGUUAAGCCAGGAGAUGAGUUUGAUAUUAAAUUUAAAGUUGCAGGAACCAGUGUAAAA